AUGGCUAUUAAGUGGUCGAAGUUGAUUGUCUGGGAUUUCGGUCGGAUAUUUGCUAGGAGCUCUAUGCAUACGAACCUAUGUCUUAGCAAAGGACGCGCAAUGAAUCCAUUUUACGAUAUUCACAAAAAGCAGAGUGACCCGAAACGCCAAGAUCCAGAAUAUUUUGAGAAAGCUGCUGAAGCUCUCCCCCUCGACGACUUUUAUAUCGAUGCGCUUGGAAAUUUAUAUGAAGAAAAGAUAAGUUCCGAAAGAGAUAUAAAUAUGCGAGGUGAUGAUAAAAUGAUUGGUAAGGAUUCAAGUGAAUGGCUUCCGGCAAUCGAUUUAAAUGAUCCGCGGCUUGCGUAUCGGCAAGUCGACGCAUUGCGCAAUGCGCCUGAUUCCGUGAAAAAGAUAUUCAGCGUAAAAUAUGGAACACGUCGUGAUAGGACGGAUGCAUGGAGAUCAGCGCUUAUUGAGAAAGUAAAGCAUCACGAUCUUGAUAAAAGUUCAAUUGAAACGAAAAGUUUGUUUUUUUUUUCAUUAUUAAUUUUUAUUUUCAAUUUUAAACCUGGUUGGCUUACUAAGCAAAUCAAUCUUGCAAUUCAAAUGCGUCGUAAAUUUCUGCGUAUAUUGCAAGAGAUGGACUCUGCAGCUUUUGAAAAAAUACUCAAAGAAUUAAAAAUUGCAUAUAACGUACCUAAAUUGCCUGAACAAAUGAUUGAAAGACGAAGAAAAGCAUGGGCUGAAGCAAUGUUAGAUAUUCGGUUGCAUAAAUCAAAAGAAUCAAAGCUUGCUGAGUUGCAUCAACGAUAUAUUAAAGAAAGAGUGCAAAAAGUCAAAGCUGAAAUUGAAUCUAUCGAAAAUCGCCUCAAAGCGAUUAAACUACUUGAAACAGGUGUUGAAGAUAAUUUGCCGAAAUAUCAGCCAAACUUAAUCGAUUGUGUAUCCGAAAGAGCUAUGCAUGCGGCAUUAUUUUAUCAUCCGAAGCCUCUUGUAAAGAAUUAA